AUGAGACUUCAAGAACCUUUUGAGUCUCAGUUAAAAUACGCGACGCUGAGCUAUUGCUGGGGUCCUGCGCUUCCAUUACGAACCACAUCAAAGACUUUGGCCGACCACAAAGAUGGGAUCCCGUUGCAUAACAUGCCGCAGAUUGAUGCGCUCUGUAUCAUUCAGGAUAGCACUGAAGACUGGGAAACAGAGUCGGUGAAGAUGAGCGAUAUCUUUGCUUAUUCGUUUAUCACAAUCUGUGCGGCUGCAAGCAACUCAUGUUCUGAAAGCUUUCUUAAAAGGUCUAUCGAUCACUCUUUAAUUGUACCUUUCCAGUCAUCGCUUAGGCCCGAAAUAUCUGGAGAAUACUCAAUUCGGCUGGAAAGAUGGUCGGAAUACCCAGAAGGUUCUGACAUAAGGUUUUCAAAAUGGCGAUCACGCGCAUGGGUGUGGCAAGAGGAAGUUAUGGCAACCAGAGCGCUCAUGUUUGGCAAAAGUAUGCUGCAAUUCCGGUGCCAAGAGGAAAUCCGCGCCGAAGAUGGACACGUUAAAAGCCCAAGUCUGUGCUUAAGAAAGGAGUCCACUAAUGAGUGGUUUUGGUCUAAGGCGAUAUCCGACUACUCUGCGAGAGACAUUACCUUCACUCGUGAUAGGCUAAGCGCCAUUUCUGGCAUAGCCAAGUUCAUGAGCAACGCAUUCACAGAAGCGCGUGUUCCACAAAAAUACCUUGCAGGGCUAUGGCUUGGUCGUUCGUUCGAGAAACAAUUGCGCUGGGUCUGCAACAGACCUAAGUUCUCGUAUGAGAUGAUGGCAUCCUUAUGGGAUAAGGAGGUGUAUUUUGCGCCAUCUUGGAGCUGGGCUUCAAGGAACACAGGUGUGGAUUUUCUUCACUUCGGAGGCUCGACCGAAUGCCAAGUCGUCGCUCAUGACCUGCAACCCGCUGAAACUGACGCAACGGUUGCUGUUAAAUUUGGAUCAUCCAUUACUGUUCGUGGGAAGCUUCGACAAUCUCCCCUAACGCCGCUUGACGGAGCUUUCAGCUCUAAUGCGGAUGGAUUGCAUAAUAGAUGGGAGGUUGAUAGUUCCGAAUUCGGGCAUUUUCGUUUUUGGUUGGAUUGGGUCCCCAGCGUGGAGGCCUCAAGUGAAAGAGCUCUCCAGAAUCGUCUUCAGCUUCUUUCUACCACAUGGAAACUCGAUAAAUGGAGAUUUUCAGCUUCAGGCCUUCUACUCACUCCGUUUCAUUGGCCUAUAAAGCCAGUUUAUCGCCGAGUUGGGGUAUUUGAAGUAAGUGGUGACCUAAAUUGGUUAAUGGAGGCUCCGGACUCAGAUGUUACUAUUAUGUAA